AUGGAAGCUUUACAUGAAGACAUCGUAUCAGAAGUUCUUUCUCACAUUCCUGACGCCUACCUCCAAGAUUGCAAAUUGGUGUGUAAAAGAUGGAGAGAUCAUCUCCGCAAUAAAAAACUAGGUUUUCUUUUCACAGUUGCGUCACGGAAUGACGAGAUCAUACAACUUUACCAUGCAGAUUACAAUGUCAUUAAAAGCGCCGGAGGUCAUGAAGGGUAUUGCUAUGAGACAAGCACAACUAAGAUCAGCCUUCCUUUAGUUAUAAGGAAAACCGAUGAAUUUAACGUGGUGGUUGGUUCAUGCAAUGGUUUAGUUUGUUUCGUUGUACCGCAUCUAGGUCUCGAAGAUCCUAUCUAUAUUUGUAAUCCUGUUACAAGGGAAUACAUGAGCCUUCCAAUGAUAAACACCAAAAUAGCUAAAACUGGUCAAACAAGUCUGGUGGUUAGUGGAUUUGGUUAUCUUCCAUCAAGGAAUGAGUACAAAGUUGUAAGAAUCUUGUACCCUCACAGGCUCCCUUACCCUGACGCCACCACCGUGGGUUGGGUUCAGGUAUGCACUAUUGGCAAGGGCAGUAGCAAUGGGUGGAGAAACGUAGGAGUUAUCACUGAUUCAUUGUAUCUGCAUGGCACCCAUGUAACUGGAGUGCUUUACUGGAAAGACAAGAAGAACCACAAGAUUGUCGCCUUUGAUCUGGAAGAUGAAGUGUUCCGCAUAGUCCCACCACCACCAUGUAUCCGUCCGGAGGAACAAGGUAUAGAAAUGCUAUAUUGGCUGCUUAACUUUGGGGGGGAUUUGAGUUUCGUUGAUCAUGUUUGGGGUGACCAUGUUGACGUAUGGACAUUCAAAAAGAAUACACUUGAGGGGACGAACGACAAUUUCAACAUGAACAAACAUGAUUUUUACCAUAGUUGGAGUUGGAUUAAGGAGGUUAACAUAGAAUGGGAAGGAGACACUCAUGAUUGUAAUUUCUAUGACCCAUUCGCUCUCACCAAAAGCAAUGAAGUGUUACUGUGGUACAACGAAACAAUUCUUCGGUGUUACGACCCGAAAACUAGAAGUUUCACUGAACUCAUUGUUGGAGGCGCUCUUGAAUUUCAGGCGGUCUUUGGAGCAAUUCCACACAUAAACAACAAAGUUUCACUGAAAGAGUUUGGGUUUAUAUCAAAUUAA